ACGCUUUUCGCACCCGAAAAAAAAAACAAUCAAAAGGGAGAGCUGGGGAGCCUGAGACCUGCUGAAAAGCUCAAACCCUCCUCGCUUCCACGCCUCUCCUCCCCUUUCCACACUUAGCUCCCAGCAGCAGACUCCCACUCACUCCCCAUGUCUUCUGGAGGAGGAGGCGGCGGCGGAGGAGGAGAUCACCAUGGCGUCUACCACCAGCACGGCCACGGCGGCCACCUCGCCCGCGCCGAUGGCGCCGAGUACGUGUUCGGCAACAGCGACAUGGAGAGCUUCUUCUUCAACCAGCCGGCGUCGGGGGGCGUCGGUGGAGGUAGCAGAGCCGGCGCCGACGAGCUCAUGCCGCCGUACACCAACAUCACGGACUACCUGCAGGGGUUCCUAGACCCGUCCGGGCUGGCGCGGCACCUCGACGCGCCGUGCCCGGCGGAGGAUGGCCAGGUCAAGCACGAGCUGUCUCUCGAUGUGAUGAGCCACGACAGCCAGGGCACCAGCGGCGCGGCCGGAGAAGGGGCGGUGGCGCUGCUCACGCCCAACUCCUCGGUGUCUCUCUCGUCCAGCGAACGGGAGGGGGAGGGCCAGCCUCGUCGUUGCAAGAAGAAGGCGGAGGAUGAGGUGGCUGCGGAGGGGGAUGAGAAAGAUCAGGAAGAUGGGGAGAAUUCCACGAAAGCGAACAAACCCAAGAAGAAAGCCGAGAAGAGGCAGAGGCAGCCCCGCGUCGCCUUCCUCACCAAGAGCGAGGUGGAUCACCUUGAGGACGGCUACCGGUGGCGCAAAUACGGCCAGAAGGCGGUUAAGAACAGCCCUUACCCAAGGAGCUACUACCGGUGCACGACGCCCAAGUGCGGCGUGAAGAAGCGCGUGGAGCGGUCGUACCAGGACCCGUCGACGGUGAUCACGACGUACGAGGGGCAGCACACGCACCACAGCCCCGCCAGCCUCCGCGCCGGCGGCGCCCACCUCUUCAUGUCCGGCGCGCACGGUCUGCCGCCGCACCUUAUGCCGUCCGCCGGCGGCUUCCGCCCGGACCUGAUGAGCAUGAUGCACCCCAUCCACACGGGCGCGAACCCUAACAUGUUCCUGCCAAGCAUGCCGCCGCCGCAGAUGCCAACGCCGUCGCCUCCUCCCCCUCCUCUUCAGCAGCACCAUUUCUCUGACUACGCCCUCUUGCAAGACCUUUUCCCGUCCACAAUGCCCAACAACCCAUGACUAACUGCUACACACACAAUUAGCUAGCCUAGAUCGACAUGAGAUGCUUUUGAAAUACUCGAUCGAGUUUGCGCCAAAUGUGAUCAUCACCUGACCCUAUUAUUGGGCUUGGUCUUGCACGGUGAGGGUGUUCUUAUUAUUGAUUAAUCUGAUGCAAGCUUUCAUCGAUCUUAAACUUUUGCUUGCAUUUCUUCCUCUUCCAUUUGUCAACUUCUCCCUCGCUUAGAUUGGAGUGCUAGCUAGAUGGAAGUACUCUAUAAAUAUCACUACUAGAACGGCAACAUAAUUUAUGUGUACACCUUUAGACUUCUUGUACAUGUACUAGUGUAUAUCAUGUGUUCCUCAUUGACUCGUUGUUGAGAAAUUUAAAGAGGAGUACUAUUUCAUUUUCUCUAGUUCCCAUGUGAAACUCAAGAAGAUGCCAUCUCCACUUCUGCUUGUGUUUUCCUGGGUGAUUGGAUGGAUGCCGUGUGCAGGCGUGCCACUUCUUUUGUCCAUGUGUAAAACAGGAGCUCUGAUACUGUUAGUGCAUACAUAAGAGUUCCGUUUGCUUUGCUGUGUGUUUGAUUCAUUUAACUGAAAUAAUUUCUUUUGGGAGUACAUAGCUAGCCACGCAGCAAAUUCGUUCAUGGAUCUUUAAUUUGUUCUGGUGGUUUGAUCAUAGUAUAUAUGGCGUGUGGGUCUCAGAGUCCAUGUGAUAUUUAUCGAUGCUAGCUGUGACCUUGCUCAUACAUGGGGCUGUGAAUCAUUUUAUUGAUUUUCUUUGGUACAUGUAGACAUUAUUGAGAUGGGAAUGAGUACUGAUGGAUGUGUCCUGUCUCCACUUCACCAACAGUGUUGUGGCAUUGCUGUGAAUUUUAUCAUACAGGCUAGCUGUUAAUUAUGAUGUUUUACUCAA